GAUGCUGUGCGUUUCUUGGGGAUAGAAAAGUUGACAUAUAUUUAAAACGCAAUUUAAGAAGAUAGUGCGUAUUAGUUGGACUUCUGGUGGCGAUCGCAACACGAAUUAACACGGUGCUGCCGCCUGGCUCUGUGGCACCAAAAUUGGAAUUACACCCUUCCGUCGCCCCUAAAAUAUCUGCCAUAGCGUCACGACAUAUGAAAGUAGUCCACAAGUCAAUUCUGUCGCCCUGUAUUACUUGUAUGCUGUCAACAAGAACGAGCGCAGAUUAAUCGAAGGAGAUUAUUAAGAAGAAUCGCGAUGUCGCAGGGAAGAGGUAGGAGAAAUCGCAAACAUCAUGAUAAGGAUAAAAUAAUCAAUCUUGGUGACAAAGGCAAGGAAGUGAUGGAGGACAUAAACGAGAACAAUCGAGUAAUACAACAGUUUCGUGAAUAUGCGGUUGAACUAGAUACCAAGCACGAUCGUUAUGAAAGAAUCUUUAAAAUCAAUCGAGAUGUGGGCAUUGAGAGCAAAAGAAUCAUCUUUCUGUUGCACACCAUCGACAAGGAGAGUAAACGGAACGCUGUGCUAGACACAGCCAAGGCGAGACUGGAUAACGUAAUACAGAAGUUGUUUCGAAAUAUCGCAAAUGAGCUGGAAGGUCAGGACGCUUAUCAAUUCCACAGGGCCUAUCGCGCCGGUUUAGAAGAAUACAUAGAAGCGCUCACAUUUCACGAAUAUCUGCAGAAUGGUGAUAUGCAAGACUGGUCCGCUCUGGAAAAAACAUUGAAAUAUCACACAAUUUCAUCUCCAACCGAUUCGCUGGAACAGAGUACUUCCAAGACGGUACAGGUCAUGGUCACGCCGACGGACUUUAUCCUAGGAAUAGCUGAUCUGACCGGAGAGCUGAUGCGAAAGUGUAUCAACAACUUGGCGAUAGGCGACGUAAACAGUUGUUAUCAAACAUGUAAUUUUGUCAGAAAGAUAUACAUAGCCUUCUUGGGCUACACCGGUGUUGUGCAUAACAACGAAGUAAACAAGAAAAUCAUCACGCUGAAACGCAGUUUGACCAAAAUGGAAAACGCGUGUUACACUAUUAAAGUGCGAGGAUCUGAAAUACCAAAGCAUAUGUUGGCCGAUAUGGCCAUUGCGGCAACUGAGGAAUACGCCACUGAGGACGAUGAGGGAUAUCAGGCGUUUUAAUACACGACAGCAGAAAUCACUUUCAACGCAGAUUAUUUAUUUUUCAGUGAUUGUGGGCUUUUAUCAAUCUGAUGCAAGAUAAAAGUAAUUGAUAAUAUUUUAUACAGCUGAUGAUAUUGAAUUGAAAAUUAAUUGAUACGCGAAAAGAAACAGAUACAGUUGUCACAACCAAAAGUUGCCCAUCAAUACAUUUUUUUUUAACUAUAAGAACUAUAAUAUGAUUGUGUAAUAACCGUAAGAUGCUAUAUCUUAACAAUUAUGGCUGUUAAGAUAUAUCUAUC